CCACGAGGAGGAGGUGGUGUCCCUGCGGCGGCUGUGCCGCCGGGCCAGCCAGGAGGACUUCCAGCAGUUCCUGGCCGUCGAGGUGCAGGGGCCCUUUGCCGCCCCGAGGGGCUCCCUCGCGCGCGGCUGGGCCACUGCCCGGGGCGAGUUCCGGCCCGACGGCCCCCAGCAGGCCGCCUCGCCCCGGGCCGCGGGGCUGCCGCGGCACGCCGCGGCGCCCAGCCCGUCGCUGCGCCUCGGCCAGCCCAGCGCCAGCUCCAUCCUGGGGCCCGACGUGGGGCAGCCGCGCGAGUCGCUGCGCCCGGGGCGGGCCGGCGCCAGCACCAGCCUGGGGCCAGGCCAGCACAGCACCCAGGACUUGGAGGGCGCCAUCGCCGUCAGCGCGGCGCCGCCCCCGACGGGCGCGGCGCAGCGGCCGCCCGGCGCGCCGCCUCGCCCGUCGGGCGGCGUCAGCGCGGCGCCGCAGGGCGGCAUCGCCACCGCGGGGAGCCUGGGCGCCGCAGCGCCCGAGGAGCCCGCCGCCCUCCCGCCGCAGGCGGCGGGCUCCGCGAGCAGGGCCGGCUCGAAGGGCUCCGCGAGCAGGGCCGACGCCGCCGCGGCGGCGGUCGCGGCGCGGGUGCAGCGGUCGCGCCGGCCGCCCGCGCAGGCGCUGCAGGCCGGCGCCGUCGCGGAGCUGGCGAGCAUGGUGGUCGCCGUCUCACAGGCCCCGGGGGAGCGGGCGGAGGUGCCCGCGCGGCGGGGGCACGAGGAGGACGGCGAGGCCAGCGACCUCGAGGAGGAGGAGCUCCCGCAGCAGGAGCCGCCGUCGAACCCCGUGGUCCUCGAGUACUUCAGGCAGCGGUGGAAGGGCGUGGAGGCCCAGGCUGUCGAGGCGGACAGGGAGUUCGCGGCCGUAGGCCGCGGCGGCAAUGCCCGCCGCGGCGCCGUGGCGGCGGCGCCGGCGGAGGAUGACGUGCAGGUCCGAACCCUCUGGGACCGCCGCGGCAGCAUACGCAAGGAGUACCAUAACGUCAAGCGCGGCGCGGAGCUACCCAAAGAGGCGAUGCGGGCCCUCGGCCAGGUCCUGGAGGCGGCCAGCGGCGUACACGAUCCUGGGGCGUGGGGCGUGGCCUCCACAUCCUUCUCCUACGAGGGCACGGCCCGCGGGCGGCUCGCCGUGCCGGGCGGCGACGGCUCGCUGCCCAGGUCGGGCAGAAACCUUGAAGAGCUCAUGGAGGCGGCGACAACCCUCGGCUGGUCGCCGGAGGCCGUGUCGAAGAGGGCGCUGUCGGGCGGGUUCCGCACGCGGUCCCCGAAGCGCGCAGCCUCGAAGGCCUCCUCGCGCUCGGGCGCGCCGCCGCCGCUGGCCUUCCUGGCGGCCUCGGACGGGGAGCGGGCGCCGCGAAGCGCGAGGCGGAGGCGGAGGCAGCCGCGGGGGAGGCCCCGGUGGCGCGGCCGCGGCGGCGCCGCGUCCGCGUCCGACGACGGCUGCAGGAGCGAGCCGGCGCCCGCCUGGGGGGCGAGGGACGACAGCCUCCUGGGCUACCAGCGGUUCCAGAAGGCCCGGAGCCGGCUGGGGGGUCACUCCGACGUGCAGCCGGGGGGGGUACUCGAGGUGGCCCGGCACCGGACGGGCGGGCAGCAGGGCGCGCAGCGGGGCAGCGCCCCUGCCGCGCACCUGCGGGACCUGAUCAACAGGUCGUGGCGCAGCCACGAGGUCGACGCCCUGUUCAAGAGGCUCGGCACUGGCUCGAGCUACGCCCGGACCAAGGGCGUGUUCUCCUUCAUGUCCGACAUGGCCGUCAACGACAGCCAGGACAUCGCCCAGCGGCAGCGCCUGCUGCAGGCAGGCGCUGCAGAGCACGCCCCGCCCAGCGAGGACGAGGCUCGGAGCAGGAAGAGGUGCGGGAUGCCGGCCCCCGCGGAGGCGUGGCACGGGCUGCAGCACCUGGAGGCGGCCCGCGCCCGCGCGCUGGUCCAGGAGGUCCGGCAGGCCCUGCUGCUGGAGCACGGCUCGUACGGGGACGCCUGGAAGGCCCUGACCCACGGCGGGGGCAACCGCCAGCGGCUGCAGAAGCCGCGCCUGGCGAGGGCGCUCGUGCAGCUCGGCUUUCGGCACGAGGCCGCGGACGCCGUCGUUCGGUAUGCGCUGCACCUGCGCGGCGUGCACCUGAGCGUCAUUCGCGAGCUGACCCGGCAUGAUUUCAUGGCUCUGCUGCGGAGCACCGAGCCGGUCACUUCACUCGAAAACUUGAGGAAGAGGUUGACGAGCAAGUACGGCAGCUACCAGGCGGCCUUCCUCGCCCACGAUGCCGACGGCCUCCGCGCAUUGAACACCCGCCAGUUCGCCCACCUGUGCAUUUCCAUCGGGGGCACGCUGAAGGAUGCGAGCCAGCUCUUCCACCAGAUUGCAGAGUACGACGGCGAGCUGACGGAGGCGGAAGACGCGCGCUUCUCCCUCGACGCGUUCUCGAACUCCCUGCGUCUGGCGGAGGGCAUCGACACGAUCAUGCUCGUCCGCAAGAGGAUCAUCCGGAACCGCAGGGACCCCGUCGAGGUCUUCCGGGAGAUCGACGAGAGCGCGGUGGCGGACUUGGAGAGGGCGCUGGACCCCGCGCGGCUGGCGGACGCGCUGCGCGACCUCGCGCUCACGAGGCGGGGCGCGGAGCGCCUCGUCCGGGUGACCUACCCGCAGGCCCACACCUCCACCGUCAUGCUGGAGGACGUCCUCCUGCGCAUCCUCGGGGGCGUCGGCAAGGCCCACGACCGGCUGGCCGCCGCGGUGCGGGCGCAGGAUGGGCGCCUGCCCUUCCUGAGCCAGCUCAGCGCCGCGCUCGAGCGCCCGCCGGGGCCCGGCUCCCCGAGGGGGGGGGGCCCGGGCUCGAGCCUGCAGGGCCAGCCCAGCGGCCUGGAGCUGGACUCCCCGACCCACGCGGAGAAGGCCGACGCGCGCGUGGCCUUCGCGGUCACCCAGCUGGCCGCCGCAGCCGGCCAGGCCGUCACCGUGCCGAUGCCGCAGGUGAUCGACUCCACGCGGCAGAGAGGCCUCGCGCGCCUGCGCAAGCUCGGCAGCAGCGCCGCCUUCCAGUCCUCCCAGUCGGCCCUCGCUCUGCUCGAGGCCACCGGCGUCGAGCCGCACGUGAAGAUGACGUGCGCCGAGUUCGCCGGCGCGCUCAAGAGGGGCGCGGACCUCGGCCUCAAGGCCUGCAGGGAGCUCUUCGCGGCCGUGGACGAGGCGGAGACGGGGAGCUGCUCACUGCUGGACCUGGUCGAGGCCGCCCGGCGCGCGAGGCCAGUGGAGACGCUGAGGCAGCUGCGGCACCUCCUGCGCCGCAGGGGCGCCGGCGGCACGGACCCGGUCCUGGCCUUCCGGAGCAGCCUGGGCGUGAACGGCGCCGUCAGCGUCGAGGCGUGGAGCAGGUGGCUGGACGGUUUCGGCAUCCACGAGGAUGACGCGAGGAGCCUCUUCCGGCUGAUGGACACCCGGGGCGAUGGGUCAGUUGGCCUGGACCAGUUCGAGGACGGGAUGUUCUCCGAGUCCCUCCCGACGCCACGGGGCCGCAGCAGCUCCGUGGAGGGCAGGGUCAACAAGAGGGAGGUCUCCCACCUCCGCGGCAGGCUGGCGGAGGAGAGGGGCAGGAAGCUGCUCGCGGCGCUGCAGGUCAGGAAUCCGGACGAGGAGCUGGGCAUCGAUGAGGUGAAGCGUGCGUUCUUCAACGUCGGCCUCUCGCCGGCCGACGCGGCCAGCGUGUUCAACAUGGCGACCAAGCCUCACGCCGUCAGGGUGACCUCCGUGCAGGAGCUUCUGGUGCUGGUGCAGCAGCUGAGCCGCGGCCAGGCGACCCGAGCGGCUUUCCUGCACGCCGCGCCUUCCAUCCCCAGCGCCAGUCUGCGGGGGAUCGGGAACAUGGAGUGCCCACGGUACAAGCAUCUGCCGUUCGAGUGGGCCCUGUCCAUCGCGCCCCCCCCGCCCCCCAGAGCACCCAUGCCGAGCCUCAUCGCGAGCUGCGCUGGCCUGUGCCUCCUCGGCUGCGCUGCGGGCCUGGAGUGCCCUCUGGCCAUGAACACCGGCGCGGUGGGCAGCUGCAAGUUCUGGGGGUGCUCUGCGAGCCGCGGGCCAACGCACUGCACGCUCGGCAGCUGCUACUGCAACGAAGGCUACUGCAGGUACCCCGCCAGCACCAUGCACAUCAAGUCGCGAUACUGCGUGGCCCGCGUGCCAGACGCCACGUGCCACCUGACCCGUUUCUGCUACAGCGCCGGCCUCACGACGUCGUUCUGCGAGAAGGGCCUGUGCAUGUGCAAGUGGGGCUACAAGGCCGAGACCGACGAGGACGGCAAGCACGCGUGCGUCCCGGCCACGGCCGCUCUCGCCGAGGCCGUCGCCCGCAACGCCACCACGGAGGAGAUCGAGCUGCUGAUGGAGCACAAGGAGCACUCCGAGAGCAUGGCCGCCCAGAACGUCGCGGUCGGGGCCGCCUGGCUCUGCGGGGCCGUCGCGCUCGCCUUCGUGGCCGGCGCGGGGGCGCUGCGCCGGCGCGCGUCGAGGGUGGCGGCCCAGCCGGCCGGCUACCAGGAUACCGACAACAUCAAGAUAGAGUACAAAGGCCCUGCCGAGCCCAGCGCCCCGCUGGGCUCGCCGCGGGUGCGCCGCCUGCUCGUCACGCGCGGCAGCGCCGAGGGCGCGGCUCCGCAGCCCGGCGCCGAGCGGCUGCCGGCGGAGGGCCUCGACCUCGAGGUGGAGGGCACGCGCGGCGGAGCGCCCUCGGGCGGCAAAGGCGCCGCGGAGCUCCCGAAGCUGAGCCUGCCGCAGAAGGCCCCGGGCGCGGUGCCGGGCGGCCAGGGCGCGCACGUCAAGUCCCACCGGGCCCUCCCGGCGCUGGGGCCGGUGGUGGGGCUGGGCGCCCUCUCCGUCGGCAGCCGCUCGGCGCGCCUCCCGCUGUCGCGGGCCGAGCCCGCCGCGGGGGCCAGCCGGAACUCGGCGGAGGGCCGCAGGCAGCGGGUCCAGGAGUGGCAGCAGGUCGUGCUCCCGGCGCUGGUGCCCGCCGGCGCCGGCCCGCGGCGGGGCGGCCCGCGGUAGCGGGCACGCGCGGGCGGCGAGGCGCGCCCGGGUCCUCCGAGGCCCGGUGGAGGCUGCGCCGAUCCCAGACACCCUCGGGCCAUGUCGUCUUUUUCUUAUUCAUUCGGGUCACGAGGGCCCUGCAGGCGGGCCUGCGCGCUCGCGCAGAGCCACACCUCCGCACGCCCGCGCACCUCCAUCCUCCCGCCGGCUGGGCGGUCGUCUCUCGCUUCUGCGCCUCCGCACUUCUCGCAGAGCUGUUUUUUCCUCGCCGCCUCGAGCGGUCCCGACGGUGUCUUCGAGCCCAGCGAG